AUGCCCGCUAACCUUAGUAUAAAAGCGCUUCCUUUGGAGAUUGUCAAUUCAAAGCAAAUUCUAUCUCCAUCGGCGCUACUACCUUCCGCUCACUUAUUCAUGUUAAAAGUAACAACCUUGGUAUCUCCACCUAUAAGCAAAUUGUACAAGAUAACCGUAGAACAGUCCAACCAUCUCAUGCAAAAAUCGAUACUUUUCCAUGAUUUGGCCACACAAUACGCUAGCGUUGCAUCACAGUCAGUUGCUACUGGCGAGCUUUCGGCUGAAGAAGAGCGGCAACUCGUAGAGGAGGCUCAAGGUCUACCCAUGAUUUACGUAGAAGCACCGGUUGAACGCGUUGAGAUAAUCGAUGCAUUGUUAGACUGGCUUUUCUCGUCUUGCGAUGCUGACGAUAUCAAUGAAACGCUGUCUUCGUCGCUGGCGUCGAAGAUUCAAUCUACCCACGAUUUCUUCUCGUUGAUCAACUUUGCUACUCUCUUGAACUUGUUCGAGCCUUAUUGUAGCGCAGUCGAUGAAAUACUGGUUUAUUAUUACUUUGGCCUAUCUACCGAGGACAGAAGAAAUACGAUUCUGGCUCAUGAUCAAUUUAUUGAAGGACUUCUCCCCGGUAGAUUUGCGAGGAGGUUGGUCGAGGUGGUGGCAGAGGAUGAAGCAAUAGAAAUUAUCAAAGCGUUCUUUAGAGCAACAUGCAUCUAUCGUGACGAUCAAGAGGGGUACUUUGACGCAUAUGUAUGUGAUGAAGAGAUGACGUUUGUUAGCGAGUCUGGUUUCGACUUGAAAAACUUUCCCAACGCACCCGUGUCUACUCACCAAGACCUUGUGAAAAAAUCUAUUGGCCGCGAAAGUGUUCCUAAUACUCCAUUCUCUCCAUUUGAUUAUGCCGAGCCACCAACACCGUUGGGAUCGGCGUAUAUGUGUAUACCACCGGGGACUCCUGCAACCCCAUCAUCCCAGCGUAUACGACCGAGGUCUAUGACAGUUGGAGCAGCUACACCGAGGAGCCCCAUGUUGCAGCAUGUUCCUCCUAAUACUCCGGCCACACCAUUCUCGCUUUUGACCCCAACACCGACUAAAGGAGGUUUUGAAACUAACUCCUCGAAAGUUCCACCGAAUACGCCUGCUUCUCCAUCAUUUAGUCAAUCUGUUGGAAACCCGACAAGCCGGUCUUUUGAUAACGUUUCCAGUGUGCCACCAAACAUACUAAACGUACUUGAAUCGGCUGGCUUAUAUGAUAAUCUAUCUAAUAAUGUCUUGAAGACUUCCACGAUUAUUUGUAAUAAUCUCCUAUCACCGUCUUCACCUUAUCUUCCUAGUGCACCACCAAAUUCUCCCGCAUCUCCUUCAAAAUCGCGAACAGUGUCUGAAAAUGACCAAUUAAGUGUUCCGUCUAUUCCUUUAAAUAAUUCUACUACUGGUAUAGUGCAAGGAAUGGACGGUAGCAAUUCGUCCAUUCGUCGCAGGAUAUUUGAAUAUGCACUGAGCAAAAUGGGAACUCGUCGCUUCUUGUAA